AUGAACCGUGUAGUUUGUGACUUAGUUAAUUCUACGCAAAGUAAUCCAAAGAUUAUUGUAUUAGUAAAAGACAGAAAUCGCAACGAGAAACAUUAUUGGUGUUGUAAAUAUAGAAAAAAACUAAAAUGUAACGGAAGAGCUGUAACAAUUCUGGAUAUAUUGGCAAAAUCCAGUGAACGUAAUCAUGCGCUAGAAGCAAAUAGAGUAGAUGUAACUAGAAAAGUUAAUAUGAAGUGGAACUGUUAUUCGGAAUCCACACAAUUUCCACCAGAACUCUGGUCAGUAUAUGAACUUAUUGAAAAUGAAUAUCCCAGAACUCAAAAUAAUAUCAUGGUCGAAGGGUGGCACCAACGGUGGAGUACUGUAAUUGAGAGACUGUAUUCUAUCAUUGACGAAAUGCAUAAGGAAGCAUUACCAAACAGACAAACAGAACUACAAAUUGAAAACAUUCUCCCUAUAAAAAAAUUCUGGAAAAACUCUGAUAAAUGA